AUGGCCGAAGUUCCCCAUGCGACCCUCAAUACAGGAGCCAAGAUACCCCUCGUUGGCCUGGGCUGCUGGAUGGGCGACCACGGCGGCGGAGACCGGGCGUAUGAGAUGUGUCGGAAGGCGACUGCACUGGGGUACAGGCACAUUGAUACUGCAGCUGGCUACGAGAACGAGGAAUCCGUCGGCAAAGCGAUCCGCGACUCCGGUAUCCCCCGCUCAGAGCUCUUCGUCACGACAAAGCUUCUCAGCGUGGACCACGCCAAAGUCUCCUCAGCUCUAUCCGUCUCACUGUCCAAGCUCGGCCUAGACUACGUGGACCUAUACCUGAUCCACUGGCCGCAAGCCGCCGAGGGCGAGGGAUGGCCAUUCGAUUGCAAGAUCCUGCAGCCUGACGAGUUCCCGACCGUCAACGAUACGUGGGCGGGAAUGGAAGAGGUGUAUCAAGCGGGAAUGGCGAGAGCGAUCGGCGUUAGUAACUUCAGCGUCAAGAUGCUGGAGAGACUGGCGAGAACGCAGAAGGUCGUGCCGGCGGUCAACCAGGUCGAGAUGCACCCGUUCUUGCCGCAAAAUGAGCUCAGGGCGUACUGCGUGGACAAAGGGAUCCAUUUGACUGCGUACUCUCCACUCGGUCAACCAGCCGCGGGUCAAUCGCAUUUGUGCACACAGAGUGACAACGAUCUACCUUCGCUCCUCGAGGACAGCCUCCUCUCCCGUCUUGCGGAGAGAUAUGAAGCUACGAUUGGUCAGAUCAUACUCAGUUGGGGCGUGCAGCGCGGAACGAGCGUUGUUCCGAAGAGUGAGAAAGAGGAGCGCUUGCGCAAGAACAUCACGCUCGUGAGGCUGGCUGAAGAAGAUAUGAAAGCCAUUGACGAGCUACACAUGAAGCCUGGGCUACAUCGGUCCAUGUUAGCGUAUCUGCACAGCGAGAAAGGUGUCUUGGGAUGGACGUAUGAGCAGCUUGGUUGGCCGUUCGAUAGCAAUGGAGUAGUGGUGCAUGGGUAG